AUGGACGUCCUAGGGCUUCUAGCCAAUAUAUCUCAGGUCGUUGACCUCCUCGUCAAGAUCGGUGUCAUGUGCUCCAUCUAUUGUGUGGACGUCAAAAAGGCUCCCGGCGAUGUGCGAAGACUACUAAAGGAGGUUGACCGACUAACGGCCGUCAUCAAAGAGCUUGAGAGCCUUCUUCAAAGCCCGAAAGGAUCUUCCAAGCUACAAUCUCCGAGCCUCCGCCAGGCAGUUUUCGACCUUCACAGGCUCCUAGCAGAGAUGGUGGCAAAGCUAGAUCUGGGAGCCAAGCAUGCCAGAGCUGUGUGGCCUUUCAAAAAGCGAGAGAUUCACGAGAUCUUUGCAACAAUUGAGAGACAGAAGACUAAUAUUUUGUUGAAUAUCAACAUUGAACAAACGUCGGUCCUUUUAGAUGUUCACCAAGAGAUUGUUCUAUCCAAGCUACGAAUUGCAGACGCGGCUACCUUCGAUUCCAGUGCAGACGGGGAGCAAUCUUUCUGCCUGGAAGGCACUCGGAGUCACAUUAUUGCCCAAAUAGAGGAAUGGGGCACCAACUCAGACAGCCAGUCAGUCUUCUGGCUCAACGGCAUGGCAGGGACAGGAAAAUCUACCAUUUCCCGCACAAUCGCACAAUCUUUUGCGAAUAAGAAUAUACUAGGUGCUAGUUUUUUCUUCAAGAGAGGUGGAGGUGAUCGCAGCGGAACGAAUUUCCUCAUUACGACAAUCGCCGCCCAGCUGGUCCGCCGAAUUCCUUCCAUUGCUUCACGAAUCCGUGAGGUUCUUGACUUCGAACCUCAAAUUCACGAAAAACCUCUGGGUGAUCAGUUCCAAAAGCUGAUUUUAGAUCCACUGAAAAACACUCCGGGAUGUUGGUCAUCAAGUUUGCUUAUUGUGGUCGACGCUCUCGACGAAUGCGGCAAUGAAGAGAAUAUGAGGACACUGAUCGGCAUUUUCUCAAAGGCUCAACAGAGCAAUGACCCAAGGCUAAAAAUCUUUCUCACAAGCAGACCCGAACUGCCCAUUCGGCUCGGAUUUGAGGAGAUUAGUGGGAAAUAUGAUCAUCUGCUCCUCGCGACAGUGCCAAAAGCUACUAUUGAGCAUGAUAUAGGGCUGUUCAUGAGACAUCAACUUAAUGUGAUCAAAAUGGAUUACAACAAGUCUGUCUCAAUACAUCGCAAAAUAUCUACCGGCUGGCCUGGCGAUGAUGUUGUGCAACAACUUAUCGACUCAGCCGUCCCGUUAUUUAUUGUUGCCGCAACAAUAUGCCGCUUCUUGAAAGAUAGAAGGCUAGGAGGCCCUCAGCAUCAAUUAAGCAAGAUUCUCGAGUAUCAAAAAAUGCACAUAUCCGGUCUUGAUAUGACAUACCUUCCGAUUCUGGACAACCUUAUUGCCGACCUUCCUCUGUCUGCCAGGAAAGAAGUGUUGACUAGAUUCCAGUAUUUAAUUGGUUCAAUAAUCACACUUGCUCAGCCUUUGUCUAUACGAAGCCUCGCCGAUCUUCUGGGGAUUUCUACAGACGCUAUCGAAGAUCAACUUGACCUUUUACAUUCAGUACUUGGGGUUCCUACUGACUUAGAUACCCCUGUGAGACUAUUGCACCUUUCUUUCCGAGAUUUCCUGGUUGACUCUGAAAAGAAGCUUAAUCUCAGCAAAUAUCCUUUCUGGGUAGAUGAAUCCGAGGCUCACUCAAAGCUAUUCUCUCAAUGCAUCAAGUUAUUGUCUACGGACGGCGUCCUCAAAGAAGACAUUUGCUUUCUUAGAAGUCCAGGCACACUAAGAUCCGAUAUAAAACAAAAUGCUAUUGAUGAGCAUCUACCUGGUGCAGUCCAAUAUGCUUGCAUAUACUGGGUCCAUCACUUGAGUCUGAGCAGCCUCUGGAUUUGUGAUAAUGACCAAACACACAAAUUCUUGGCGAGCUACUUACUCAAUUGGCUUGAAGCACUCAGCAUAAUGGGCCGGAUUACAGAGAGCGUUCACAUGAUGGAUGACUUGCUCUACAAACUCGAGGAAAAAAACGCACAAGACAUCGGAAACCUUAUACGGGACGCGAAACGAUUCAUUCAAACAAAUGUAGCAACAUUUGACAAAGCGCCACUCCAAAUAUAUUCUUCCGCCUUAAUAUUCGCACCAGAGAAAAGCAUUGUAAGGAGCGUGUUCAAAUCAAGUAUACCAACUUGGCUCUAUUCCCUACCAUCGAUGCAAUCCCACUGGGAUCCAUGCUUAGCUACAUUCGAGGACCAAAACAUGAGGGAUGCCGAUGUUAUAGCGAUUCAUGGCGGUGAUAGAUUCCUUUCUUAUCCCGGACGUGAAGGAGAAAUGAAGAUUUGGGAUGCAAGAACACUGUCAUGUGUUGCCAUAUACGAAGAUGUUAUGUAUAAGUCUGUCAGGGUAUCAUCUGAUGGCGCAGAAAUACUAUACAUCUCCAGGAGCAAAGGUCUCCAAAUUAUGGAUGCCUCAACAAGAAGUUGCAUUGCGGAGUACAACGGCCAUACCGACGAGAUACGUCGUGCCAUGUUUUCAGCGGAUGGCCAAUACCUUGCUUCAGGGUCAAAAGACGGAACCUUAAGAAUAUGGAGCAGAGCAUCUGCAACUUGCGAUUCUCUCUUGGAAGGCCAUCGCGCUGCCAUAUCAGAUGUUGUCCUAUCAGAGGAUGAAAGCAAGAUUGCCUCAGGUUCAUAUGACAAAAGUAUCAGAGUAUGGGAUAUGAAUACGGCGACUUGUAUCGCGAUAUACGACGGUCAUGCUGAGAGUAUUGUCAGCCUCAUUUAUUCGGCUGAUGAAACGCUACUCAUAUCCGUGGAUUUUAAUGGAACCUUCAAAGUCUGGGAUACCAGCAUUGAAACGCAGUGGGGGGAGAUUGAGAGCCAUGAAGGCGCAGUCCUCGAAGUUGUGUUUUCUCCAGACAAAAAGACGAUUGUAACUACUUCUGGAGACCGCACGGUGCGACUAUGGGAUUCAACUACAGAUAUUCCUACGGCUCCUUUCGAUCAUAUCAUGAGUUCUCGUGGACUCUUUGGCUUUCCAAGAUCGAUUGAAUUUUCGGCAGACAGCUCGACAAUUUUAUCCUCAACUGAUGGUUCGGAAGCUUUCAGCAUUAAACUUUGGAACGCAGCAAACGGCGACUGCCAGUUGUUGUCCGACGAAUUCACGGGCUCUAUUCUAUCAAUUGCAUUUUCACCUGACGGUACAACCGUAACAUCAACGUCCAGGGAUGGUAUCAUGAGGUACUGGGACACGACGACGCAGAAACUUCUUGCUUCAUUCGGAGGAGGAACCUACAGUAUAUCUUCAUCAAUCUACACAGUAGAUGGCACCCAGCUCGUUCUCGCCUGCGACGAUGGAAUGAUUGAGAUUCUGAGUGUCGCAACAGGACACUGCCUUGAUAAGCUCGUUGGGAUUUGUGGGCUUGCCAACCACAUGGCAUUCGAUUCAUCUGCCGGUUCCAGCCUACGAGUAAUCACCAAUGUGGGCACCCUUGAAUUUGACCCGCCUGGCUCAGCUACCUGUGUUCAUGCAAGGUCAUCCUUCAGCAGCCAAAGGGCGGUAAAUACGAUUGGACUUGGUCUCAGCAAAGACGGGGAAUGGAUUACGUGGGACUCGCGCAACAUGCUUUGGCUGCCAUCCGCAUUCAGAAUCUCAGCAUCAGAUAUCGAUGUCGCGGGGUCUCUACUCGCUCUUGGAUCUCGACUCGGACGGCUGCUCCUGAUAGGGGUCGACCCGUCCAAAAUGCCGGUUAACGUUCUGGACGCCUCACCGCGGCCCUUGGCCUAG